UUUUGAGGAAUUAGAAACACUAGCAGAUAGUUUUUUUUAUGAAAAUACGGCUUUAUCUUCUCUUGUCUCAAACAAAAUUGGAGAUGAAGGAAUAAAAGCAUUUGCAAAAAUUCUUGAAGAUGUAAAAGCAUUUGCAGAG